AGGAGGCAAGCCUGCGCCUUCUCUUCUUCCGAUCAGUUUUCCGGGAACCGCCUCACCGUAAUUCGACUCGCCGGAAACUGGCAUGGCCGGCCCUGCGGAGCUGCUUCUCGCCAUAUUUUGUGUGUGCGUACUUACCCUCGCAUCCGGUGAUGGGAACUCCCCGUGGUCCGACAUAAUCCGGCUGCCGUCGGACGAGUCCCUUGACGGGGACUCUGUCGGCACGCGGUGGGCUGUUCUCGUUGCUGGGUCCUCCGGCUACGGGAACUACAGGCAUCAGGCUGAUGUUUGCCAUGCAUACCAAACCCUGAUAAAGGGUGGAUUAAAAGAGGAAAACAUCAUUGUUUUUAUGUAUGAUGACAUUGCUUAUCAUGAAGAAAACCCUCGACCUGGCACCAUCAUUAAUCAUCCACACGGUCAGGAUGUCUAUGCUGGCGUCCCCAAGGAUUAUGUCAAGGAUCACGUUACUGUAGAAAAUUUCUUCGCUGUUCUGCUUGGAAACAAGAGUGCUGUUACUGGAGGAAGUGGCAAAGUCGUUGACAGUGGUCCUAACGACCAUAUUUUUGUCUUCUAUUCUGAUCAUGGAGGACCUGGAGUGCUUGGGAUGCCUACUUAUCCUUACCUUUAUGCUGGUGACCUUGUGAAUGUCCUGAAGAAAAAGCAUGCUGCUGGCACAUAUAAAAGCUUGGUUUUCUAUUUGGAAGCUUGCGAAUCUGGAAGUAUUUUUGAAGGUCAUCUGCCUGAAGACUUGAACAUAUAUGCUACCACAGCAGCAAAUGCUACUGAAAGCAGUUGGGGAACAUACUGUCCUGGUGGAUUGCCUAGUCCUCCUCCUGAGUUUGACACAUGUCUUGGAGACUUGUACAGUGUCUCUUGGAUGGAAGACAGUGAUGUUCAUAAUUUGCAAACUGAGACAUUGAAGCAGCAGUAUCAUCUGGUUAGAGACAGAACUUCAAAUUAUAAUACUUAUAAUUUGGGCUCCCAUGCUAUGCAAUUUGGCGAUUUAGAGCUCACCAAUGAGCAACUCUUCUUGUUCAUGGGAUCAAAUCCAGCAAAUGAGAACUCAUCUUUUGUUAAUGGAAACAACCUUCCAGUGUAUUCAACAGCUGUAAACCAACGAGAUGCUGAUCUUCUUUAUUUUUGGAAUAAGUAUCGAAGGAUGCCAGAAGGAUCUUUAGAGAAAGUAAAUGCUCAAAAGCAGUUGUUUGAUGUGAUGGCCCAUCGCAUGCAUAUAGACAACAGUAUGGAACUUAUUGGGAAACUUCUCUUUGGCUCUAAGAAAGGAGCAGAAGUGCUCAAUACUGUAAGGCCAGCUGGACAACCACUAGUUGAUGAUUGGGACUGCCUUAAGACUAUGGUUCGGGCGUUUGAGAAGCACUGUGGAUCGCUUUCCCAGUAUGGCAUGAAGCACAUGCGCUCAAUUGCUAACAUCUGCAACGCAGGACUCAGGAAGGAAACCAUGGAAGAUGUCUCUGCACAGGCUUGCACCGUAAUCCCUGCAGGGCCAUGGAGUUCUCUUAGCAGGGGAUUCAGUGCAUAAAUCAAGAAUCUUCGGCGGUUCAUUCUUGAGGGAUCAUUGCUUACAUUGCCUUGAGAUAAGUUGGUUCUACUAGGAUCUCUUGUACAGCUCAAAAUGUAAGUAAGCACGUCGUGUCAUUCUUGUCCGUAUUGUUGUUCUCCUAUAUGGUUUGAUGUAAAGGGAAGGGCCUCUUCAGUGAUAGCAGAUUGAUGGAGGCCCCCCUCCUGCCCACUAGAAAAAGAAAAAAUUACACCAACCUCAAGUUGAAACCGGAAACUUACACUGUCAUAUUAACCUCUAUCAAAUAAAGCCAAACCCUUAUGGGCAAUUUCAUAUUUA